UUUGGGGUAACCUGAGGAGCGCUAGGAGUGAGCUGGCCUCCGCCGCUCGCGCUUAGGUGCUUGCAGAUGGUGGCGUCCGAGCCUCGAAGUUCUAACGACCUUGUGACACGACCAUGGGGGAUGAAAAGAUUGACGAGGAGACCUGGCAACAAAAGUUACUCUUCUACAUCACAGCUUUCUUCGUGUUGCUCGGAAUAUUCAGCCUCUUUUCCUUCCUGUUUCUUGUGCCUUUCGUCAUAGAUCCAGCCUUCACCACUAUUUUUAUGGAAUUCGAUGAAGAACCCGCUUUUUGUGUUACUGUUAAAACGCAAAGACUUUUAGGAGCCUCAAAUUGCAGCUGGACCUCAUGCAGGGAAGGUUGCACGAAAGACAUCUACGACUGUACCCAAAUUUUCGUUACCUACAAAAUAUUUUCCAACAACUCGUACCCGAACAGCAGCUUGUCUCAGUCCACCAUGGCUACAGUCGAAUCCCCGUAUGUUCGCCAAGAUAAAACGUUGUUAGAUGAUUACGAUUACGAAAUUGAACCUGCUACAGGCCUACAGCCCAACACUUCGGAAUGGCAUUACAAGGAAGCAAGAUUUUUGCCCAAUGUGAAAGGAUGUGGUUACCCUCCAAUGCUAAAUUGCUCAGUUUGGCUGAAAAAGUACAUAAGCGUAGGAGCCAACUUUUCGUGUUACUACAGCAAAAUUGAUCCUGGACUGGUGAUUAGCGACUUGGAUAUGUGGCAGGUUUACAUGAACCUUGUUUAUGCCAUGUGCAUCCCGAUCCCUUCGUUCAUAAUGUCUGUUAUUUACUUGGCUAUCGCUUACUUUAAAAUCUACACUGACGAUGAAGAAGCAGCCCCACUGGAAAAGAAUGCCGAAGCCAUCGAUAUUGAAGGAGAAAAUGAGAUGAAUCAAACGCCAGUGCCCCCGGCAAGUGGUGGAAUCACUCCGGCUAGUGAAGCAUUCCGAGAAGACCUGGCCAGCUUCGGACACCAUUUCAAAGUGGCAAUGGUGGACGAUAUGAGUCGUGAUAGUCUAGUGGAUGGAAUCAUAACUUCCGUUUCAAUAGGCGGGAGCAUCGGCAAAACAAUGACUACUAGUAUUUCAACAACUGGUGGACCUGUAGCUGAUAUUUAAAAAUCUUUUUUAUAGAUUUUUCCUAAGGCUUGUGCUAUAAUGGCUUGGUAACUAAUACAAUUUUGACAUUAUCCUUCUCAACUGUUCUUCUACAGAUGUAAGUAUUUUAUUAGGAGACUCAGGCUAUUCUCAGGGUAUUUCCUAAUCAAAUAUUUAACGCCAUUGGAACUACCCUAUAUGUCCCGCAAUUACGAUAACUUCUCAGUUUCAUUUUUAUCCAAUCCAAUUGUUUCGUUCAGCAUUUUCGAUAAUAUUUUGUAGCUAAUUGAAGUGAACUGGAACCAUAAUCCACGCAUUAAAUUUUGUAAAUAGUGAACGAACCAGCUUACGAUUUGUCAUCAAUUAUAGACUACUAUUGUAUUAGUGACUUGAAAUUCCAUUCGUUUAUAGAAAUUUUGACUAAAUGCGAUCUGCGAUAAAUAAUGUGUGUUCUAGGAAACGUUCUGUAUGUUUUAUAAAAUACCAGUUUUCAAAUUUGAAUGUUUUAUGUAUAAAAAGGCUACUUAAAACGUGCAUUUGACCUGUGAUCAUCUAAAUGUUAUAAAUGGUCAGCAGUGUUUUGAUCCUGACUUAAAGCUUCAGUUUAAAUUCGGUCAUUGAUUUAUUGUCUUAUUAAUGACUAAUAAUAGUUUAAAUUGCCUUUUCAGGGCAAAGGCUGACUGUUUACUAAUUCCUUAUAAAUGCUAAAUGAUUUCGUACCAAGCACUGCUGAAUUUACGAUUGUUAGAAUAUUUCAAAAUUUAUCGAUGCGCGUGCCGCGUAUUGAAAAUAUCGCCGCAAUGAUUUUUUGCGAUAUUGUUACACGUCUUUGGGCGCUGGUCUUGUUAUGCCAUCCUACAGGAUCAUUCACCUAUUUACACGUUUCACUUUUGUAUAAAAUUCCAAUAAAACUCAAAUCAGACCAGUUAUAUUUCAUUUUUAUUCGAUUUCGAUACGAGUAAAUUUGCGAGGCGUGUAAAUAGUGAGAAUAUUUUCUGUAGGCAUCAUCGCUUUAGGGAGGUGUAGUAAAUAAUAACUGAAAAACUUAUUGUCAUUGAUUUGAAACGCUUUAAUUGAUCAAAAAAACACAAGCCUACUAGUUUGUAAUAUUUUUAGAGUUAAACUUGUUUCUGUUAGCUUAGUUGGCCCGAUUAACCAAAAUGAAUCUAUAUACUACAGAAAGUAGAUUUAUGAAAGUAGAAAUUCACUUAACGCAGAAAUGCCUUACGAUUCAGUCAAUCAACUUUUUUUUACCAUUAGUGAAAAGUAUUUUUGUACUGUCAAAAAUAUUUUCGUUAAGAUUCUCAGAGAAAAAAUGUGAUAAAGUCCUUGGCCCUGUUCCAACAAUAGCAUCAAUCGUUGAAAUCGCUGUUACCGCUCCAGUCCAAAAUUUAUUUCCAAAAUAACUACAGCAAUUCAAAUUUGGAAAGUACGCAUUGUUGCAAAAUGCCCAGAGUGACUCAUGCAAAUUCACUUGAUUUAGCUGAGAAGAAAACACAGCUUUUUAGUUAAAUUCUUCGACUGUUCAUUCAAUGCUAUUAGGUGCGCUUUUCUAUGAAUCAUUUCCCAGACUUGACUGAAAAGAUUAGAUAAUAUUUAGCUGGUUGGAUUAGCCAGCUACUUGAAAUUAGCGCUAUAUGCGAUGUAUUUGAACCGAAAUUGCACUAUUUAUUAUAUAUUAUUUAACCGACAUUUCUGAAACCGAAAUUUAACAGGGUAAAAUACUUGUUUCCCAUUGCGUUCCUUUUCAAGAGCAGUGUAUUAGGGGAUUGCAACAGGUUUACGUGGCUGGAGCUUAACAUUAUUAUAGUUCCUUUGAUUUGUUAUAAUUAUUUUCGAAUUAAUCGCAUACAAAAAUAAAUUAUAUUAUACUGUAUAUACUAGAUUAUCUUUAUAACAUUGUUAAAACAUUGGUUAAAUUGUUAAAAGUUUAAUAGAACUUAUGUUACAGUCUGUAAUAUACUGGAUGUUCAAAGCUACGAACGCAUAAUAGGCGAUAUCCAUGUUUUUCAAGGUCUUGCAACAAGAGGAGCAAAAAUGGCUUUCUCCCUAUAUAAUAGUUUUCGAACAUCUUGUACGAUGAUAGCUUAUAUAACCUCUACGAAUAUUCGGACUUUGGUCCACUUUUUGCCUUUCCUCUUAAAUGCGUUAUAAGCAUUUGUAAUAUUUUAAUAAGAGUAUGUGUUAUGAAAAUCAAAUCACAAUGUAAAUAAAUAAUAGAGUGAAGACUACAGUUAAACCUAAUUGAAAUGUAACAGGCAAUAAGAAAUAUAAAUGCGAGAUUUUCAUUAUAUUUAAAAUUAGUUCUUGUGCAGAGUAUUUUAAAAUAUUGUACGCAAAAUCUGUCUGAACACAAUUAAAAUUUGUCAGGAAAUCGUACCUUUCCUAGCAAACUUUUAAUAUCAGAUUGGAAUAUCAUUAUUAGCCGGUUUAGCGCUAUCCAUUUGUAGACAACCUUGAUGCGCACACUAAUAUAUAGUUAAGUACAAAACUUAAGUACAUGUAUAUGCCUUUAUUAUUGUAUGCCAUCCAUAUUACUGGUGCUCAGAAGAUCUUAUUGUAGAAUGUGACUGCCAUGUAAUAAUUAUAAACAGUGGCGAAUACUUGUUAUUGUUAACAGUCAAACGGAUUGGCCGAUUAGUGGUAGAACGACGUUAUUUAAGCCACUAAAUAGAAGGCUUGUGCUCAAAAUAUGCUAGAUUUAAUAUUUACUCUUAGAAUAAUUUACGUUGAACCUAGUCUUCGCAGCGUUUGAUUUAGGUUUAAGCUUAGUUAGUUCCUGUUAUUUCCUGCACAAUUGAUUCAAACUUAGUCAUACAUAAUUUAGCCAGUAGCAAUAACUAAAAUACCACCUUCCCGAAAAUAGUGCAAGUUUCGGUUUAACUGUAGUCUUUAAUCAACUUGUUGCUAAGUUUACGAUGCGAACCGAUUAUUUGGAUAUAUGGAAGAUUUUCAGAAAAUUGGUUGUUUCAUUGCAAAGGGACCAAGGAUGAGGAAUAGACAAUUAUUUCAUUUUGCGCAAUAUGAUUGCGGUCACUCAAACAAUCCUAAAAAUGUUGCUUGUAAACUUAUGUGACAACACUAAUCGAUUUGAUGUUUCGUUUUGUAAAACAGCAACAUUCAUUUUACGUUCAGAGAGCUGAAUAAAGCUUUAAUCGACGUAUUUAAUACUUGGGUUUGAAGCUAUGCGUUGUCCGGUUCGUUUUCAGAAACACGAUCUUUUAAACUAAUUUGUGAUACUUACACUGCUCAUAUAGGGGUAAUAUAUUUAAAAUUCA